AUCAUAGAAGAAGAAGUUGCUCAAUCUGUCAGCCAAAUAGUGUAGGUAGAGUUCUAUCAAACUGGUAACUAGAAUUUGUCUUUAUUCAACAUCGACAAGACGUGGCAUCAUUUCGGAGUCCACAAUGACCGCAGGUCCAGAACACCGCUCCGUGUUUGAGUACUGUCUUCAAGACUCUGCUCUACAGGAGGUCAGAGAAGUUACCAGUGUUCAUGAGCCUCCUGUACAUACCAAGAAUCCAUCACCCAGUCAUGGAGUGACUGUGUGGCCCAAGGAGGAUCUCCAGGAUGAUAAACCGCCAGAGAGCAGCCUGGGUAGAGAUGUGUCUGACAGGAUGGUGUGCUCGGCCUGCCAGUGCCCCUUCGACACCCGGGAGGAGCAGAUGGAGCACUACAAGCUAGACUGGCACCGUUUCAACCUGAGGCAGAGACCAUCUGGUAAAACACCAGCCACAGUGGAGGAGUUUGAGAGGAAGACCGGUGGAGGAGACAUGUCCAGCAUCUCAGGUUCUGACUCGGAGGACGAGGAACCAGACAGCGACUGGGUUGUGGAGAACACCGAGGCUGCUCCUCUACAGAAGGACGACGGUGUUCUAGAAGCGGAAUCCUUCGGUCGCCUCUCCAACCGGGUCGUGUUCCAGAACUCUCAGGGGCAGUACCUGGCUGUCUACCGCUGUGUUCUGCAGAGCAAGUGUGCCAUAGAGGAAGACCUGGUGGCCUCUCUACAACGUCUCAGUAACAAGACUCUGUGGGUCAUUCUGAUGGCAGGUGGUGGACACUUCGCUGGAGCUGUGUUUCAAGGGAGAGAGGUGUUGCAGCACAAGACGUUCCAUCGGUACACUGUGAGAGCCAAGCGGGGGACAGCCCAGGGUCUGAGAGAUGCUAAGAACAGCAGUCAUGCUCCUAAAUCAGCCGGAGCUGCCCUGAGGCGAUACAACGAAUCUGCGCUCGUCAAGGAGAUCCAGGACUUACUGGAGAGCUGGUCUGACCACCUGACUGACGCCAGCGCCAUCUUCCUGCGUGCGCCCAGCCAUAAUAAAACCCUGUUCUUGGGGGGUAAAGCAGCUCCGCUGGUGAAGAAGGACCCUCGGAUCAGAACCCUGCCCUUCCCCACGCGCAGAGCCACCUUCAGAGAGAUAAAGAGAGUACACGAUGUCCUCUCCACUCUAAAUAUAUAUGGUAAAGACACUGACAUCUCCGACAUCCUGAGUCCCUCCAACAAAGUGUGGAAGAAGGCUCGUACACCUGUGGCUCUGCCAGAACCUUCCCAGGAGACAACAGCGCCCCUAGUGGAGGAGGAGGAGAGUACAGGAGAGGAGCUGGAGACGGUGGAGGUGACUCUGGGAACUCUGGACCUCCGGGAGCAUGAGAUCUACCCUGCCAGGAGGAAGAAGAGGAGACGCAGGACAGAGGACAGAGGUCUCAGUAACAGGGAAGCUGUGGGGUCUGCUGCUCCUGAAGAGAGUAACCAGGAGAGAGGAGGAGAGAAAAACCAGGGGAGGAGGAAACCCAAGGGGAAGAAGACGAUACAACAUGAAGAGGAGGAGCCUGAUGAGUCCUGGGACUAUGGCCUGAGGGAUGCUCUCUACACCGCCUGUAAGACUGGAGACCUGGACACCCUCAUCAGACUGUUACCAGUGAGGAGGGGAGAGGAGGGGGACCAGGAUGGACAGAGGGAGGACCAGGAUGGACAGAGGGAGGACCAGGAUGGACAGAGGGAGGACCAGGAUGGACAGAGGGAGGACCAGGAUGGACAGAGGGAGGACCAGGAUGGACAGAGAGAGGACCAGGAUGGACAGAGGGAGGACCAGGAUGGACAGAGGGAGGACCAGGAUGGACAGAGGGAGGACCAGGAUGGACAGAGAGAGGACCAGGAUGGACAGAGGGAGGACCAGGAUGGACAGAGGGAGGACCAGGAUGGACAGAGAGAGGACCAGGAUGGACAGAGAGAGGACCAGGAUGGACAGAGGGAGGACCAGGAUGGACAGAGGGAGGACCAGGAUGGACAGAGGGAGGACCAGGAUGGACAGAGGGAGGACCAGGAUGGACAGAGGGAGGACCAGGAUGGACAGAGGGAGGACCAGGAUGGACAGAGAGAGGACCAGGAUGGACAGAGAGAGGACCAGGAUGGACAGAGAGAGGACCAGGAUGGACAGAGAGAGGACCAGGAUGGACAGAGAGAGGACCAGGAUGGACAGAGAGAGGACCAGGAUGGACAGAGAGAGGACCAGGAUGGACAGGGAGACCAGGAUGGACAGAGGGAGGACCAGGGAGACCAGGAUGGACAGAGGGAGGACCAGGAUGGACAGAGGGAGGACCAGGGUGUAAAGCAAGAGGGAGAGAAGAAUCAGGGAGAGGUGGAGGAGAGCUGCUCUUCCCAGGCCCCUGCAGCCCAGAGUCCACUAGUCCAACUCAACCAGCCCAUAGACCCUGCAGCCCAGAGUCCACUAGUCCAACUCAACCAGCCCAUAGACCCUGCAGCCCAGAGUCCACUAGUCCUACUCAACCAGCCCAUAGACCCUGCAGCCCAGAGUCCACUAGUCCUACUCAACCAGCCCAUAGACCCUGCAGCCCAGAGUCCACUAGUCCAACUCAACCAGCCCAUAGACCCUGCAGCCCAGAGUCCACUAGUCCAACUCAACCAGCCCAUAGACCCUGCAGCCCAGAGUCCACUAGUCCAACUCAACCAGCCCAUAGACUCCUCAGGCUUCACUCUGCUUCAUGUGGCCUCCGCAGCAGGACAGAAAGGAGUGGUCCAGCUGCUGAUGGAUGCAGGCAGCGACCCGGCAUGCAAAGAUCAGACCGGACAGACUCCCUACAUUGUUGCUCCUGACAAGGACACCAGGAACGUGUUUAGGAAGUACAUGGCUGAUCACCCUGACAAAUACAACUACAGCAAGGCUCUGGUUCCUGGUCCGCUGACGGUAUCAUCGGAGUUGGAGUCCAAGAAGACGGACAAGAAGAGGGCUCAGAAAGCAGCCAAGAAAACCAGGGAGAAAGAACAGAAAGAACAGAGGAAGAAACUAGAGAUGGAGGCUGAGGAGAAGAAAAGAUUUGCCUCCUUAAGCGAUCGAGAGAAGAGAGCACAGGCUGCAGAGAAGAGGUUGGCAGAGCAUCAGGCCUCGACAGGGGGAGACCUUUCAAACACCAGGCGGUGUUGGCAGUGUGGGGAGUCCCUGGUGGGAAAGGUCCCGUUUCAAUACCUAGACUUCAGCUUCUGCACCCCUCGCUGUGUCCAGGAGCACCGCAAGGCUAAUGUGGCCAACAGAAGCAGGGCAGGAAACUGACUUUCAUGUUGCUACCGCCACAACCCUGCCAUACUGUUGCCACUUCACUAUAGAAGCCUCAGGCCUACUAAUCUAUUGGUUGGUGGGGACAGAGCACGCAGACCCAGAGACCUAACUGAACCAAGCCACAGACCUCAGUCAAUCUGCAUCUUGAUGUUGCCCAUCUGAUAGGAUUAAAAUGCACAGAAAUAGAAUUAAUAGAACAUACGAAUGGGGACUCCUGUUCUAUUCAUUAUAUUUCUAUGCAUUUAAUCCCACCAAAUAGGCCAAAAUCCAGAUGGAUAACUUUAGAUGAAAACUGGACCUGGUGCCUCCGAGACGAGCUUUGUUACGAUUCAGUUUAACUCAGAAGAUCUGCCUUGUUGCACCGUUGGAAAUGUGAAAGGUCAUUUUCCGAUUUGAGCCUUGAACAUGCAGCGUUUACCGUGAAAGCUGGGUGCCUUUUAAAUGGAGCUGAUCGUUUCAGGAAAGGAGGCGGAGCCUGAGUCUGAACCGGGUCCGAACCGGGUCCGAACCGGGUCUGAACCGGGUCUGAACCGGGUCUGAACCGGGUCCGAACCGGGUCCGAACCGGGUCUGAACCGGGUCUGAACCGGGUCUGAACCGGGUCUGAACCGGGUCUGAACCGGGUCCGAACCGGGUCCGAACCAGGUCUGAACCGGGUCUGAACCGGGUCUGAACUGGUGUCAAACUAAUUCACUGUUGGUGUCGAAUGGAAUAAUAAACCAUAUUAAUUCA